AUGAGUGAUGAUGGCUGUGCGUCAGACAAUGUGGCGGGGGGGAGCUCAAAAAAUUCACGCGAACACCAUAAUAUAUUGGAACGCAAAAGACGUGACCAGAUCAAAGACAAUUUUGAAAUUCUGAAAGAUACAAUUCCACUUCUACGUGGUGAUAAACCUGUUAGCCGUGCAGAGAUAUUAAGAAAAGCAUCUGAAUACAUACAAUUUAUUAAAAAAAAAAAUGAUAACCACCAACAAGACAUUGAUAAUCUCAAUCGACAGAAUACUAUGUUGGAAUAUCAGAUCAAACAGUUAGAGAGAAUUAAAGCUACUGGUAAUUAUACUCUGCAGCAUAGUAAUUUAGAUUUAGUCGUAUCAGAUUCAGACAGUACCGAUGAAUCAGCAGGAGAACUUCAAAAAUCUAAAAGAGGACUAAAGAAAAAAAAGUUUCGUGAUUAG